UGGGCAUGAGACUGCCUUGAGGGAAGCGUAAUGAGGGAACACAGAAACGAUGUGUAUAAAAAUGAUGAAAUUUAGCUGUUAGUUGUCGUAUGAGAGGUUUGCCAACGUAACUUGGCUGUUCACGACGGAUCAGAAAGGCGUUCUGCAUGCCGCGGAAAACUUGUAUUAGCCUGCCAGCUAAACCUUGACGUGACACUUGACAGAGGUAGGAGUCGUGCCAAGAUAGAGUCUAAAACCACACCGAAGUUGCUGGAUGAGGCCGUGGUGAAUAGUUGUUCAUAAUGUCAAUGUUCAGCACUGGUGUCCUGGUUCUCACGUCCCCAUUACACACCCUCCCUUUCCGCCUCGCACCUGUCCUCAGCUCUGCUGCCCAGGUGGUGGAACGCACCCUAUAUGUGCACCUCCACCCCGGUCUCAACCUGGGCACGGGCACACAGGCUCGACCCGCCUUCAUUCAUCCUGUGGUGGACCUUCCCAGUGUCAUCUCUCGCCUCUACAGUAACGCAGCUGACGUGUGCGGCCACCUAGACGUUAGGGUGCUGCUGACUCAUUUCAGGGCGCAGUCAGGAGUGCCUCAGGUUGGGGCAAGUGCUGUCUCCAAUCCUUUCCCUUCUCCGCAGACCCUGUCCCACUCCCCUGAGGUGGUUUUGACAGAUUACCCCCUUCAGGACCCUGGCCAGUCGUCGCUGGUAUCUCAGUGUCUGCAGAGGUACGCAGGUUACUGCUAUGUCUGCACACCUGGGCUGUCCUCAGUCAUACUGCAUCCACAGCUCAAGCAAGCGAAGAGCGAGGAUGAGGAGCAGAAAAGAACAGAAAGAACCGAACCCAUAGAGACAUACAGUGACGUGGUCGUGGGUGGAACCUUUGACCGCCUACAUGGUGCCCAUAGGACCCUGCUUAAUAUUUGCUGUCUGCUGGCCAAUAGGCGCUUUCUGAUUGGGGUGUGUGACCAAGAGCUCCUUAAAAAUAAGGUGUUGAAGGAGCUGAUUGAACCAUAUAGUCAGCGCGUGCAGAAGCUCAAGGAGUUUCUAAAUGAUGUCAAGCCGUCUCUCCAGUAUGAGAUUGUUCCUCUGUCUGACCCCUUUGGCCCGUCUAUCACUGACUCUCAGCUGCAGUGCAUUGUGGUCAGUGAGGAGACGAGGAGAGGCGGUGAGGCUGUCAACAGGAAACGCGCAGAAAAUGGUUUAUCAGAGCUGGUACUGUAUGAGAUCCCACUAAUUAAAGAUGCACAUCACACAGACAUAGAGGAGGAGAAGAUCAGUUCAUCCAGUCUGCGCUCACGACUACUGGGCACACUCCUCAAGCCUCCCAUGCCUCGGCCUGCUCUCUCUCAGGUGCCUUAUGUGAUUGGUCUGACAGGGGGCAGCGGGAGCGGGAAAAGCGCUUUGGCGCAGAGACUAGAAGGGCUUGGAGCAGUACGGAUUGACGCUGACCAACUUGGCCAUGAGACCUACAAACCUGGCUGUGUCGCCUACCAUAAGAUACUGCAGGAAUUUGGUACAGAUAUUUUGAAUGAGGAUCAGACCAUUAACAGACGAACUCUGGGAAGAAUGGUGUUCGGGGAUAAGGAGCGAUUGAAAGCCCUGACUGAUAUAGUAUGGCCGGAGAUUGCCCUUCUGGUAAAAGCAAGAAUACAGCAGGCUAAAAAAGAAGGUAAGCAUGUGUGUGUCCUGGAUGCAGCAGUCUUGUUGGAGGCUGGAUGGACAGACAUGGUGCAUGAGGUUUGGGUGGCCAUUAUACCAGAGGAGGAGGCAGUAAGGCGUAUAGUGGAGCGUGAUGGUAUAAGUAAGGAGGAUGCACUGAGGAGACUGCAGAGUCAGUGGUCUAAUGCAAGGCUGGUGGAGCAGGCGAAUGUAGUUCUGUGUACACUGUGGGAGCCAGAUGUUACUCAGAGACAGGUAGUAAAGGCUUGGAAUCUUCUGCAAGAACGCAUUCAGCAGAAAAAAGAAAAAACUGGACUGCCGUCCUGAGACAGCAGUUUUAUAUUCAAGCAUAUGCACACGCUUUAGCAGUUUACUUUCGCAGUCUGAAAGAGUACAAAUCAGAUUUUUGGAGAGAAAUUUGACAGGGCUUUAUCCUUCUUUUUCUUUUUUACUUUUUAACUAUAGCCAAAUAUUUAAGAUGUUGACUGGUGGUCCUUGCCUCAGUGGAUUGUGUGGGCAUCUCUCUGUAUGGACAGGAGGAGUGGACCGUUACGUCCCACCACACCCAGAACUGCACUUAAUCUGAAGUUUUGACUGCAUGACUGGAUUAGAUUCUUCACGUGGAAAGGCCAGGUAUUGUUUAUGACACUAAUCAGGAAUUGCCAGAAUGGCAGCCAACACUAGCUCUGAGAUGAUUAGCAGAGGACGUGUUAAACAUAAUAAAUGUAUUGCCACAUAUUUAGUGCAGUGCAGUGGCUGUGGGCGAUAAUGUACAUGGUUGCUGUACAGCUCUUUGCUUUAAGUCAGUUAAGAGCCAGCAUAUUUCUAAUGAAAAUGUUCUUGACAUAUAUAGUAAUUUGUGGCACUGUGAGGCUUCAGGAUUAAAAUUUUAUGUCUAUUUUUAAUGGUUUAUUUGUUAGUCGCAGUUUUCUAUUUGUACUGAAAAAGUGGGCCAGUCACUCCUACAAGUUCUAUAACUGGUUGGUUUAGUUUUGAUUCUGUCAGAAUUUUCGACCCCAGUGUUACUUCUCAUUGUCUGUAUGAUCUGAAUCAUCGCUUAUGCAAUCGUAGGAAAUGUAAGAAGAAAUUUAAAAUGAUUAAAGGGGAGGACUGAUGCCAGUUUGGUGUUACUUUAACCUCUUA